AGCCGCUGCCUCUGAUCCUGGUCAGGAAUGUUUGGAGGCACCAGCAGUUCUGGGCACUGCACAGGCAGGAAGUGAAGGGGGAGGGGUGGGGGUAAAAAUCGGCUCCUCUGGGCCUGGCUCCUUCUCUCCAGUGGUGCAGUGAGGAGCAAGGGCUGUCCACCCAGCCCAGGCUUUGGCCCCUCCUUAGCCUGGGAUCUGCACGCCACUGAGGGAGCCAGGAGCCAGACGUCGAGACCUUCAGCAAGUAAAACGGGAAGAUAAGCAGGGUGCCAGUGGGGCCCCAGCCCUGUUCAGCCCCAGCCUCAGCCCAGCACCAGUGCUAUAAUGACAAAGGAGUACCAAGACCUCCAGCACCUGGACAAUGAGGAGAGUGACCACCAUCAGCUCAGGAGAGGGCCGCCGGCCCCCCAGCCCCUCCUGCGGCGUCUCUGCUCCGGACCCCGCCUCCUCCUGCUCUCCCUGGGCCUCAGCCUCCUGCUGCUGGUGGUUGUCUGUGUGAUCGGAUCCCAGAACUCCCAGCUGCAGGAGGAGCUGCGGGCCCUGCAAGAGACCCUGAACAACUUCACCUCGAGCACUGGGGCCGAAGUCACGGCACUGAGCUCCAAGGGAGACAGUGUGGGGAAAAAGAUGAAGUCGCUGGAAUCCGAGGUGGAGAAACUGCAGCAGGACCUGAAGGAAGAUCACUCCAGCCUACUGCUCCACGUGAAGCAGUUCGUGUCCGACCUGCGCAGCCUAAGCUGUCAGAUGGCGGCUCUCCAGGGCAAUGGCUCAGCGGGCACCUGCUGCCCCGUGAACUGGGUGGAGCACGAGGGCAGCUGCUACUGGUUCUCGCGCACGGGGAAGCCCUGGCCCGAGGCGGACAGGUAUUGCCGGCUGGAGAACGCGCACCUGGUGGUGGUCACGUCCCGGGAGGAGCAGAAAUUUAUCGAGCACCACAUAGGUUUUCUGAACACCUGGAUGGGCCUCUCCGACCCAGAUGGGGUCUGGAAGUGGGUGGACGGCACCGACUACGAGGCCGGCUACCAGAACUGGAGACCAGGCCAGCCGGACGACUGGUCGGGGCACGGGCUGGGAGGAGGGGAGGACUGCGCCCACUUCACCAACGACGGCCGUUGGAACGACGAUAUGUGCCAGCGACCCUACCGCUGGGUCUGCGAGACGAAGCUGGGCCCGGCUGCCUAGGCGCCCCCUCCCUGCUAAUUUAUUUCCUGGGUGCCUCGACCUGCCGCGGGGGCCGGGGCUCCUCCCCAUCCUGGGGACGACCCUCUAGGAUUUUAAGGGCUGUGGAAGAAGAUCUGACCCCGCCCCGGGCUCUUUCUGUAGUUGGCAGGUUAUUGUCACCAACACUUAUUUUUUAGAGUUAGAGAGAGAGAAAUAAACGUAGCCGUUCUGCGUUACCUGGUUUUGGGGGCCUAGGACCCUGAAGAAGAUUGCCAGCUUUGGGAGGUGCCCUGAGAGCUGACUGGGGGUGGGGAGCAGCCAAGGCUCUGACGCCCGCUGGAGCCCUCAGCGCCCUGCUUCCCAUCUGAGGCUCCUGGCCUUGGCCAUGGUGGCCGUCUGGGGAGUGAAGCAGCUCAUGGAAGGUCUCGCUCUGUCUCUGUAACUCGGUCUUUCAGAUAAAUAAAUCAGUGGUUUAAACAAAGAGAACUGAGUGGGGCUCAGGACUGGGUGCCCGGGUUAGGAGCCAGCUUUGUUAUCCACAGUGUACUGUUUGGGCAGGCGUCUCUGCUCUGUGUCUCAGCUGUAACACAAUUGUUGGGGCUGGCGUCGUGGUGGGAAAAGCCACUGUCUUCGGCAACUGAUUUUGCGUCCCAGCUGCUCCAGUUCCAAUCCAGCUCCCUGCUGAUGCACCUGGGAAAGCGGUGGAGGAUGGCCAAAGUGCUUGGGCCCCUGCACCCAUGUGGGAGACCUGGAAGAAGCUCCUGGCUUCAAAUCAGGCCCAGCUCAGGCCAUUGUGACCAUUUGGGGAGUGAACCAAACCAGAUGGAAGAUUUCUCUCUCUCUCUCUUCCCUCUCUGUCUCUGUGUGCCUACCUUUCAAAUCAAUGAAUAAAUCUUAAAAAAAAAAAAAA